CAGAGACAGAGACAGAGACAGAGGACUAUAACACCAGUGAGAGGGUCACUGCGCAGAAGCCGAGCUCCGUGUCAGAGGAACGUACUGGUCUGGUUUCAUCUCACAGGUAACAGGAGCCACGGUUCACCUGGAGAUCUCCAGCGUUCUGAUGUCACGUUCCCGGAGUUUCUGACAGAACCCACCAGACAGCAGACGGCGAGGCCCGCCAGGAGAUCCAAUCCUUCAUCCCCUUCAUCCCUUCUGUCUGAGGAGGGAUAAAGACGAGAGCGUGUUUGCGUUCUGAAGGGGGAAGAGGAACCGCUGUUUGCUUGGAUAUGGCUUUUCAGUGCAUGAGAGAAAGACACACAGAGCUGAUCUGAGGUCAAGGUCCUCCUCCUCCUCCUCCUUCCCGGGAGUCACAAGACAGCGUGAGGCACAUCCCCCAGGGUUGCUAUCGCUACGCUGACCGAGCUAAAUAUUUGUGUUCUUACUUGGAGGAGCAACAGGAUUCCCUCGGUUGGGAGGGGAAAACAGCUUCUUAUCGAGAGAGUUUUGCUUUGGGAGCUGUUUGUCUACAUUCAACUUCAUUUCCUGAGAAACUGACUGACACCGAAACAUAAAGAGGUGUUUCCCAGUGGGUUGAAAGGAGGACACGUACCUCUCGUCUCAGAUAAAGAGAGAGUUUUCUCCAAAUCACCUCGCGUUGAACUGUCAGAAGCAAAAAUGCCGGCAAAGACGCCAAUGUACUUAAAAACCACAACCCCAAAGAAGGGGAAGAGGCUGAGGCUUCGUGACGUCCUCUCGGGCGACAUGAUCAGCCCGCCGCUGGGCGACGUGCGCCACAGCGCCCACGUGGGUCCCGAAGGGGAGGGCGACAUGUUCGGCGACGUGGGUUUCCUGCAGGGCAAGAUGGGCAUGCUGCCGGCUCUGAGUCGGAUGCAGGACGGCCGCUCGCACAGCGUGGAGAGGCGGCUAGACGACGGCCUGGCGGCGAGACAGGAUUCGCACAGCUACGCCUACAACGGUUACCACUACCAGCACUCCUCCGCCGGCCUGCUGAAGACCACCAUCUCCAUGCCCGUGUUCAUCGCCCACGAGCAGGCUCCGCCCAAACCCCCGCGCCUCCACCUGGACGACCCCUCCCCUCCCUCUCUGGCCUCCCAGCAGAACCACUUUCGCCAUCACCAGCAGCCGGUGGACACGGGUCACAGACAGGCCAACGGCCACACGGACAACCACAGCCAGCUCUUCGAGAACGGCGUGGUGGGCCGCCUGGCAUCAGAGCCCUGCCGCGACAUCUCGCUUUCUCCCGCCGUCCGCAGGCUUGUCCCCUCAUCCGGCUCCUUCUCAGAGGUCUCCUCCGAGGACUCCAUGUCGGAAACCUGCGGGCCUCUGGACGUCCGCCGGGGCCUCAGCCUGGACUCGGACGCCGGCCUGAGCAACGAGGAUCUGAGGAGUGAGCGCAGCGAGUCGCCCUGCUCCGCCGCCCACCCGGCCGGUCUCACGGUCUCAUCCGGGGUCUCGCGGUCAGACUCAUUGGCGGGGUUGAACCUGGAUCUAGGUCCGUCUAUCAUGGAGGACGUCCUGAGCAUCAUGGACCGCUACAAGACCGAGGACAACCGCUGCGAGUUGUGAAGAAAUGUUCAUGUGAUGUACAGAUAUAUUUUUAUACAGUUAAUAAAGACUUUGUUAAGAUAGUAAGGGAGGACAGAAGGAAUGGAGGAGUGGAGGAGACACUGAGUUCAAAGGUCAUUGAAGGAUUUAAGAAAAGUGAGAAACAGAUGGAAGCUGUUGUUAAGUGUCGGGACAUUGCUGCCCGACAUGGCAACGGCCAAGGCCAGAGGCUGGUCCUUAAGAGCCAUUUAUCAAAACUGAACCUCGUCAACACUUAAAACUGCGAGCUAACAAACUCGCCCCCCAUAUCACAAACGCAUUCCCCUUUUCUUUGGACUAAACAACCAGCAUUGUAUUGUCUUCUUAAUCUAACUAAUGCUGAGAAUGUUCUGCUUGUUAAUGGUUAACAAAACUUCAACUGAGUCAAACUUAAACGUGUCGAGACUUACCUGGGAGAAACCAGCAGCUGUGAACAAAAUCCAGGAGCAGCAGGACUCCACCGGCCUGGAAACCACAGCUACUGAUAAAUAAUGUCUCACAACUUCAGAUGUUGUUUAAGCACAUGCUUCAUACUAAGCUGAACUGCAAACGUAAAGAGUUUUAUGCUGAAGGCCAUAUUCUGUCUCCAUCUUGGCUGCUUGAAUAUUACUAUCUUCACUGGUUUACUGUAACGCUUCAACGCCAGAUGAAAUGUGAAGAACUCCUCUCCUUCUGUGCAACAUGAAAAUGUAGGUGAUGUGAAGUGGUCUUUACGUAUGAGAGCGCCAGCACCAACGUUUCAGUGUCUCUCUUUCGGUCACAGGAAAACUGGAGAAGCUUGUUCUUGAAGUUCAACAAAUAAAAUGCUAAAAGAAAGUUGUUGUAAGAAUUGUGCUGCAUUAGAUCAUUUUGCAAUAUCCGUUUCUUCUUCUUUCUUUUUAAAAAACACUCUCCUUCCAUGUCGUGGCUCAAUGUGGGCCUCUCUAACAUUCACUGUCCGCAUUAUCACAGUAGCCUAUUAUUCCAAUGUAAUUUAUGCUGUCACUGUAAAUGUACGAAUAAA